AUGUCGGUUCUCAAUAAUACCACAUCCCUAUCCCCAACCUUCCUCCUCACUGCCUUCCCUGAGCUAGAAGGUAAUCAUAUGUGGCUCUCCAUACCUUUCUCUUGUCUCUAUGCCAUUGCCCUCUUGGGAAAUAGUAUGAUCCUUUUUGUGAUAAUCACUGACAGAAGCCUCCACAAACCCAGGUAUUACUUUGUGUCUAUGUUGUCAGCUGUUGACCGCUUGACUAUUACAACCCUUCCCACCAUGCUGGGUGUCCUCUGGUUCAAUUUGAAAGAGAUCAGCUUGAAUGCCUGCAUCAUCCAGAUGUUCUUCCUCCAUCUCUUCUCUUUUCUGGAGUCCUCUGUGCUUUUAGCCAUGGCCUUUGAUCGUUUCAUGGCCAUUUGUGACCCAUUAAGGUAUGCAGCAAUUCUCACUAAUUCAACCACCAUGCUUAUUGGUCUGGUGAUCUUUGUGAAGCAAGUGGCCUGCAUACUCCCAAUAGCCUUGGCCUUGAAGGGAUUGUCUUUCCACAGAGGACGUGAGCUCUCCCACCCCUACUGCUACCACCCUGAUAUGAUCAAGCAUUCCUGUACCAACCCCUGGUUCAGUAGUCUGAUUGGUUUAUUUUUUCUACUCUCCCAAUCUGGUGUUGACUUGUUCUUUAUCUUCCUCUCCUACAUCCUGAUCCUCCGCACCAUCUUGAGCAUCACCUCUCCUAAGGAGCGACGAAAGGCCUUCAGUACCUGUGUCUCCCACAUUGCUGCUGUUACCAUAUUUUUUGUGCCCAUGAUAAGUGUGUCACUUACACACCGUCUAUUUGUCACUGCCCCACAGAUUAUUCCUGUCAUUAUGUCCAAUAUCCACCUGUUACUCCCGCCUAUCCUGAACCCCAUUAUCUAUAGCUUAAAAACCAAACUGAUUCGCCAAGCCCUGCUCAGACUGCUCCAAAGCAAAGAAGCCCUGAGGUGA